GCUGCCUGCACUUAGGACCUGGAGGAAGCGCCCGGCGCUGGCGGAGAAAGAUCAUGUGAUGGUGGUGUCCACGUCCCGCUUCGUCCCCCAUCCCGGGCCCGUGGAGCGCCCAGCGAGGAUGGGCCUGCCAGCUCUCGCCCUGCUGCUGGUGGUGGGGCUCCUGCACACGCAGGCCUCCCCCCCAGCGCGCUCCUUCCAGCUGGAUUACGAGGAGGACUGCUUCCGCAAGGAUGGUGCCCCUUUCCGCUACAUCUCGGGCAGCAUCCACUACGCCCGCGUCCCGCGCCCCGCCUGGAGGGACCGGCUCCUCAAGAUGUACAUGAGCGGGCUCAGCGCCGUGCAGGUCUAUGUCCCCUGGAACUACCAUGAGCCGCUGCCGGGGGUUUAUGACUUUGCUGGGGACCGGGACGUGGAAGCCUUCCUGGACCUGACAGCUGAGCUGGGGCUUCUGGUGAUCCUGCGGCCGGGGCCCUACAUCUGUGCGGAGUGGGAGAUGGGUGGCCUGCCUGCCUGGCUGCUGUGGAAACCAGACAUCGUCCUGCGCUCCUCCGACCCCGCCUACCUGGCAGCCGUGGACUCCUGGCUCCAUGUCCUGCUACCCAAGAUCAAGCCACGGCUGUACCAGCAUGGGGGGAACAUCAUCAGCGUGCAGGUGGAGAACGAAUACGGCAGCUACUACGCCUGCGACUAUGGAUACCUGCAGCACCUGCUGGGCUCCUUUCGGGCGCUGCUGGGGAGUGAGGUGCUGCUCUUCACCACUGAUGGCACACAGGUAGAGGAGCUGCGCUGCGGCACACUGCAGGGGCUCUACGCCACCAUCGACUUUGGGCCAGGCUCCAAUGUGACAGAGGCAUUUGGUGCCCAGCGCUGGGUUGAGCCGAAGGGUCCCCUGGUGAACUCCGAAUACUACACGGGCUGGCUGGACUACUGGGGGGAGGCGCACGCCAGCACCAGCUCGGCACUGGUAGCCCAGGGGCUGAAGGACAUGCUGCAGCUGGGAGCCAGCGUCAACAUGUACAUGUUCCAUGGGGGGACCAAUUUCGCCUACUGGAGCGGUGCUGACUUCAAGGACCAGUACAAACCAGUGACCACCAGCUACGACUAUGAUGCCCCCCUCUCAGAGGCAGGAGACCCCACUGAGAAGCUGUUUGCCAUCCGCACGGUCAUCAGCAAGUUCCAGCCCCUGCCAGUUGGUCCAAUGCCACCUGCCAGCCCCAAGUACGCCUAUGGCCGGGUGGCCCUGCGGAAGUAUGCCGACCUUGUGGACAUCUUGGAUGUGCUGUGCCCUGCUGGGCCCAUCCAGAGCCAGUUCCCCCUCACCUUUGAGGCCAUAAAGCAGGCCCAUGGCUUCGUGGUGUACCGCACACAGCUGCCCCGGGAUGUCCUGGACCCAGCCACGCUGAGUGCUCCUCCCCACAGCGUCUGCGACCGUGGCUACGUGAUGCUGCAGAAGGAGUACCAGGGGACGCUGGAGCGGGACAGGCAGACAGCGCUGCAUGUGACAGGCAGUGCAGGGGACACCCUGGACGUGCUCCUGGAGAACAUGGGCAGGAUCAGCUUCGGGGCCAACAUCAGUGACUUCAAGGGCUUGCUGGGGAACCUCUCCUUGGACUCCAGCCCUCUCAGGAACUGGCUGAUCUAUCCCCUGGCCAUAGACACUGCCAUCCAGCAGGGCUGGCCCCACACUGCCCAGCCGAAAUCAAGCAGCGGGGGCAGAGCGGGGCCAGCCUUCUACACUGGGACCUUUGAGACCCCCGGCAUCGCCUGGGACACCUUCGUGAAGUUCCCAGGUUGGAGCAAGGGCCAGCUGUGGAUAAAUGGCUUCAACCUGGGCCGGUACUGGCCCCGCCGUGGGCCCCAGCAGACCCUCUUCGUGCCCGGCUCGGUGCUGCAUGUUGGCCACCCCAACAACAUCACAGUGCUGGAGCUGGAGGGGGCACCCUCCACCCCCCUCUUGCUCUUCCUCGACCGACCUCUUUUCAACAGGACCCUCAGCCGCAGCACCGCAGCCACAGAAUAAACAGAGGGGUG